AAAGCCCUCGCCUUUCUUUAAAACUUCCAAAAGGGUACUCCAGAAACAAGGAAAAAAAGGGAAAUUAGAAAAUUAAAAACAAGAAAAGAGAAAACGACUUGGGUUGUUUUUUUGAGACCUCUCUGCGGUAUCACCAUAUAUUGUUUUUACAUGUGCUUGCUCAACUUGAAGGUGGCGAACCGAGGAAGGUCAGACGAGUACAUCAGGUACCCUGCUGUAGCUACUACAGAUAGCGGCGAUGAGGCUGAUGGUACUAAUAGUAAUCAACAAUCAUUUCUGUUGAAUCAGGGACAGCAGCAGCAGCCAACACAAAUGUUUCCCGGAUAUGGAAGCACAAGAGAGAUGUCGGCCAUGGUAUCAGCCCUUACUCAUGUCGUUUCAGGACAAGGAGCUGCUGCUACUGCUAGUAGUGGCGGCGGUGAUUGGGGAUAUGUCGGUUUAGAGGGUGUAAUACCAUCAACUAGUUAUGGACUUGCUUCUUCUUCUACUUCUUCUUCUUCUCCUCCGUCUCUAUCAGCUGCUUAUUCAUCUUCUGGUUCGGGUUUUUGGGUUGGACAAAAAAGAGGGCGCGAAGAAGAAGUUGCAGGAGCACAAUUGGUCGAGUCUUUACCUAGGGUUUAUAGAGGGUAUGGUGAUUUCAGAAGUUCGCAAGGUGAUUCAUCUUCUUCUGGUGCAACUGUAACAGAGGAAGAAGCCACAACACCUUCAAUAAUAAUCCCCACGACCACAACCACCGCCCCACCGCCCUCUACAUCAUCAACUGAAACAGUGUCGUACGAAGAAAUAGGAGGGGGCAGCAGCGAGCGGAGAAGAAGAUACAGAGGAGUAAGGCAAAGACCGUGGGGCAAAUGGGCAGCAGAAAUACGUGAUCCACAUAAAGCAGCAAGAGUUUGGCUUGGUACAUUCGACACAGCAGAAGCAGCUGCACGAGCAUACGAUGAAGCUGCUUUAAGAUUCAGAGGGAACAGAGCUAAACUUAACUUUCCCGAAAACGUUAGAAUAUUGCCACCUCCAAUACAAACCACCAUUCCCGUUUCUCAAAUCCCCAUGUCUCGCCCACCUCCGCCACAACCACCAUCGCAACAGCAGCAGCAGCAGCAAUCAUUAUUCCAUCUGCAAACCGAUAAUCCCUUGAGAGAUUACUGGGAAUACUCUCAGUUACUACAGAGCAGUGGAGACUUUCAUGGCGUUCAACAACCUUCCAGUUUACUGGAACAAAUGUUUUAUAACCAGCAAUUGGCAUCUUUACAAUCAAAUCUUUCAUUGCCAUCUUCGGCUCUUUCAUUUGGAGCAUCUUCUUCUGGGUUAUCAACAUUGUCAUCAUCCUCAUCAUCGUCCUUAUCAGCAGGGUCCUCUGCUUCAUUUCCUCUGCUUUUGGCAGGUCAACAAUUGGGUUAUUUUCGAACACCCCCACAAAAUCAGAAUCAGCCUAGUGGUUCUGAUAUUUCAGUCCCGCCGCGGUCAGAUUCUACUCACUAUCCUUCCUCUACUAAUUAAUAAUCUUUGAUAUAUUUUACACACUUCUUUUUUUUGUUUUUCUAUUUUUGCAAAAUCUUGAAUACUUGUCCUAUUGUUAGUUUUCUUUUAACAUUUCUCUCUUUGUAUUUGCAUGUAGCAUUGGGCUAUUUGUUUUGCUGGGUUUUUUUUUUUUUUUUUUUUUAAUAUUGAUGUUAUAAAGGAAAAGAAGCAAAUCAUGAUACGAAGUUUAGAGGAAAAAACAUUUUGGAUUUUGUAGGCAAAUUGUUUCUUCUCAGAGAUUUGAUGUUCCAUUAAUUUUUAUUAUUAAGCAAAUGAAUGUGGUAAAAUCAUGAAUGCCAGUUGGAGUUU